AGUAGGCUUUACGGUACGGCAUCAUGUGUAAAACACCAGUUUAUUCUUGGUCUUGGAGAGCUACACAGCACAGUGACUGUCGCGAGCGAUUGUGGCAGAGAAAGUUCACAGCUAAACCGAGGCAACCUAUGAAAGUCCCCAGGAGGAGAAAAAAUUGUGACCGUAGAAUUAAGGAGUAAUGCAGCCCCCAUUUGAACAGGAAUUUUACGGAUACUGAUCGUGCGGAAGUGGAGGAACGUAUUGUAGAUAACGAUUCGACAGCAAAUCGACGGCAGAUUGAACCAUGUCCGCCAUCAAUUCAAAUGCAGGCGCCACUGUAACGACGGCACCAAGAAGCAUAGUGACACAAACUGCUACAGGUUCCAUGAUUGAUUGCCGAAAUGUGUAUAAAAUAUCACCCACAAAGCCUGUCGUCUCGGUACCCCAGCAUCAAGAUAUGGUCAAAAUAAGGUUCACAAAGGAUGAAAGUGGAAAUGGAUUUGGGUAUAGCAAGACAAUCGUCACUAGUACCCAACCGACAGAAGAUAAAAAUGAGAAAACUACACCCCAAAAGUUCAAAAUUAAUUUGGCACAGCAGCCAACAUUUCAGAUGAAAACUCCUCAGAAUAAAAUUGUGCUGGUGAAAAUGCUUCCGAAGAUGCCGCAGAGUGGUCCCCAAUUUGUUGCGGCUCCAGCAUCUAGAAAUAGUAUUUCACCGACAACACUAGCUGUCGCUCGAAGUGUGCAAGGUUUGCGACCCAUUGCACACGUUGGUUCUCCGCCGGGUCUCUCGACUGUAACAGUACUGAAGUCGGUGAGUCCAGAAAAGCAAAAAUCGUCAGCAAACCAGGAAAUGUCGAAGACCGGAAGUGAUACUUCAAUAUCUUCUAAUUCAACUCUAACAACGACGACAUCUACAGAUUCUAUGACCAGUACGUCUACGGAGUCUGACAGCGGCAAGCAGCAGAUGAAUAUAUCUAAGCCAACUGAUGAAAUAGAUACGGACAAAUCCACAGGACAAAAUUCUCAGUCAACGGAGGACACGGAACAUAACGACGAUCAUGAUAGUAGCGCAAAUAUUAAAAUGUCCCGGGAAAUGAGAUGCCUCAAAGCAUCUCAAAGCAGUUCCAAGAUUUUAACUGAAUUCAUGCUAAACUCGUCCUCUUCGGAAAAGCUGAGGAAGCGAUGCCGGUCUCGUGGAGAAGGCGACGAUAGUCGCAGUUGCGGCAGUUUAACGCCAACCUCCCAGAAACGGUAUUCGGUUUCGGGUCGAGAAGAGGAUGAUCCGGACGAUAGCAAAGGGAGCCCUUCGAGUAUGAAGCGUUCGGGCAUGCGGUCGGCCAAUGCCGAAUUUUCCAUGAAGCAGAAAAAGUUUCUCAACAGCAUUCAUCAUCAAAGUGAUGGCGGAUCGGACAAUUCCGACAAUGAAGGAGAUCGACCGAAAGUAAAAAAGGGAGUGGUGCAGAUAUUUUCACCACCACUGGCACCGAAGCUUGGAUGGGACAAGUUUUGUUGGCGAUGCAAGACUUGUGAGCCCGGCCUGGAAGCGUGCUCCGGCUGCAUUAGGUGUUUCCAUCCGGUUUGUCUGAAACUUAGUCCGGCGUUCUUCAUUGUGGAGAAAAACUGGAAUUGUCCUGAAUGCAUCAAAGGGGAUUCGCUGGUUGACGGUGCUAACGAUAAGCCAACCAAGGAUAUGAAGCUGAAGCAGGAUAGUCUGAUCGUUUCGCUGAAGUUCACGAUGAAGCGAAUGCAACAACUAAAAGGGAGUACGAUACUGAACCCGCUUGAUAAAGAACAGUUCCCAAACUACGAUGGAUAUGUUACGAAGCACGUCGAUCUUACAACAUUGCAAACAAACAUUGCCGAGCAAAAGUAUCUAACUACAGAGGCAUUUCAGGCAGAUGUAAGCUGGAUGGUGCACAACGCUACGAUUUAUCCAUUAAACAACAAAUUGCUAUCGAUAGCGAAAGGAUUGAUGAAAAUAUGCAAGCAAGAAAUUAAUGAGAUCGAAGCCUGCAACGAGUGUUACUUCAACGCUAACACCAGUAAAACAUGGUUUACCGAAGUAUGUACCAAACCUCACUUACUGGUUUGGGCUAAGUUGAAAGGAUUUCCCUAUUGGCCGGCAAAGUUAAUGUCGGUAAAUGUCAACCAGUUGGCCGACGUUCGUUUCUUCGGUGAUCAUGACCGAGCUUGGGUCCCGAUAAAGGAAUGCUUCCUGUUCUGCGAUAGAGAUCCUAACACCAAACAACAUCGGCGAACGAAUAUGGCCGAAUGUAUGCGUGAGGCUGAAACAUACAUUGCCAAGCUGAAAAAGAAGUUUGGUCAAUUCAAUUAUGCGGAGCUUCGGACGCCGCUUGAAAUGGGGAAGCUCGACGAACACUUGGAAGCAAUGCUCCCGGGUGUAUUGAAGAAAAUAGCUGAAAAUGGAGAUUCGCAGAAAACUAAACUAAUGCUCAAAAUUAUCAAAACGGCCGAUAAUAUACUGUCGGUUUCUCCAGUAUCGCCAAAUCCUCCACAUACGUCGACACCUGUUAAAACCAAACAAAGAGAGAGCGUUUCUCCAGAAAAAAUCAAGGAAGUCAUUUUUGGCAGCCCGAAGAGUAAAUCAAUUGCAGAAUCGAUUUCAUUUGAAGGAUCGUCUCCCAAGAAUCGUUCCCAGUCUACACAGAUUAAAGAAGAAACCCGAAAUUCUAUUUGCACUCCGGACCCUGCUACGAAUCCUACAAGAUUUUAUGUAACGAGAAAACGUAAAAGUAUUAGUAUUAGCAUCGAUGAAUCGAAACUUAAGGAACAAAGUCCCGAAUCAUCGCAAGAACUGCGGAAAAAGAGUAGUCGAAACCGUUCGAGUCUUGCGAACAAACCUAAGGAUGAAGAUACUAAUUCUAGUGUUUCUGAACGUGCCUCUACGCCGAAAUGCUACUCUAGUAAGAAACGUAAAUCAAGUACUCCCGUACCGGAAACAGUAAAAGAACCCAAGCAAAGCAAAAUUGAAUCCGUGGUGCUACAAAGAGAAUCCGACUGCUGGAAAACUGUCCCAUCUGGCAAGAAAACAAGCGUAGCCUCAAAAUCAUCGGACCCGGAAUGUGAGAAACAGGACAACUCGGCCAGUGAGCCAGAAACAAAAAAUGAUAUAUCUGUUGAAGAUAGCUGCAAUAAUCCUGCUUCUAAAUCGGAUGAGCAAUGUACACAGCCUCCUGUUUCAGUUUCAAAUAGCAUUCCUGCUGUGCGGGAAAUCGCUUCUAAGCCGAUUGAAGGGCCAAAGAGCAACGAGGCACAGAGCUCAAACAGGUUAAAUCUUUUGCCCUUGGUUCCGUUGGCUGCAGAUGAAAUAAAAUCUGAACCAACGGACCAUGAAGAGCCUUUAUCAACUAAUGAACCACCAGUUGCUGGAGUUUCAGUGGAACCCCCAACACAAGCAAACACUAGCAACAGCUUAGUUAGUAUGCCAGCUAAUGUCAAUGAUAGUGCUUCUAAAGAGACAUCCCUGCCAUUACUACCCAUAAAAUCAGAACCGAUUUCGGACGAUGAAGCGUCGACAAGUAAUGCAAACCAGUUAGUUACAAACCAAGCUCUACCGCCGGCAAUCCAACCUGCAGAAAAUUCUAAUCAAGUUUUGAUACGUACUAGCAAUCGGAUCACGGUUAGAAAUCUUAACCAACUCACCAACCAAACUGCGCCCAGAGCCAAUGCAGUAUACAACAAUAAUGGACAGCCAGUAGUUCUCACACCCGUGGACAAAUCAAAAGUCCCGCAAAAGAUAACACCGAAGGCGCCAAUCAUAAUCCAGGCAAAAGCUCGUAAGCCACCCCUUGGCCAGCUAGCUGUAUCCAAUCAAAACGUCGUGACAGUGAAAAGAACUACAACUGUUCCAGGAACGUCGGGGACAAAUAGCUUCUCGGUAGGCAGAACCAGUGGCGGCAGUAUGAUGCACAUGGUUCACAUUCCAAGUCCGCUAUCAAUGGCGAACGAACAGGGAGGCCAACAAAACGAUACUGCGCAACAACACCAUCCAUCAUCCACCACACCAUCGGUCAGCAGCAACGAUCCUGCAGCAGCAGCAGCAGUUAAUAAUUCCACACCGCAAACGGCAACAUCUGGUUUAUCGAAUCAAUCAGGGACAACGGCGACCGGAGCGUCAUCGUCAGCGGCCGGGAGGUCAGAAGAGGGGGAACAUAUGAUGGCCGGUUUUAUCACACCCAGCCUGGCAGCCGCAGUUACGGAAACCAUAGUGUCAACGCCUCCAAAACUGCACUCGCGACCGAGUGGAGCCCUGCGCUCUGAAGGUGACUGCAUCUACCCAUCCGGGGCUGGUCCAGUUUCUCAAAUUUUGAUUAACAAUUCCUACAAGAUGGCUGAUUUCUUCCGAUCUGUGAUCGAGGACACAUUGUCCGAUUUAUCCAAUAACAGCGGUGCCCUGGAGGCAAAAUAUAAAGUGUUGGAACUAGAGAUAGAGAAACUCAAGCACUACCAUCAACAGGAGAUAACCAAACUAAAGCACAAUUCUGAUCUGGUGCUGUGUGAGAUGCGAAAGAACAUGGAAGUGGAGAAAACCCGUAUCAUCAAUGAAGUUCGCAAGCAGUGCGAACUGGAACGGAUUCGUUCCGUGGAAGAAGCGAAGAAAAAGCAGUGGUGCGUCAAUUGUGGCAAGGAGGCGCUGUUCUACUGUUGCUGGAACACCUCCUACUGUGAUUACCCCUGCCAGCAACAGCACUGGGCUACGCACAUGAGUCACUGCACCCAGAGCCAGUUCAAUUUGCCAAGCAAUGCGAUUGCCUCCAAGCCAUCGACUGUGAUCAACAACAAGCUGACGGCAGCCCAGCAGCAUAUCACGACGCCGAAAAUCACCACGGUACAGACUCUGAACAUGAAUGGGCGAUCCGGCUUGACGAUACAACCGGCAUCGCAAGCCCAACAGCUCCAGCAGCAACAGCUUAUUAUAACCUCCACGAGAGGAGGAGCACAACUGGGUAAAGGACAACCCUAUCAGCGAUUGAUACUCAACUCUGGGUCAUCAGGUCUACCGGCUUAUACUAUAAGUGGAAGCUCACCCAGCAGAUGGGCCCCGUCCAGUUCACUCACGGGUUCUAUCAGUUCCAUCGAGCACCAGACAGGUGCCGUUGCAUCGCCUACGCCAAUUGGUUUACUGGCCAGCUCCAGUGUGAUAUCCGCUCCGGUUACUGGACGACCUACCGGUGCCAAAUCAAUUGCUAGCGGCGAGAAGUUCAUCGUCGGCGCCAAGUAGGAGCUCUAAUGUGGCAACCAGUGUCUAAAUUUGUACAUAUUUGUAAGUAUUUUGUUUAGUUUUAUUCUGAAUGUGAUAAGAAUGCAAAUGUCACUUGUCUGACACUUACGAAGAAAACAAUAUCUAUGUAAAUUCUUAACAGAUCCAAUUUUAUUUUUAUUUUUAUAAUCGCAAUAAAAGAGUGAGAAUUCUGAAAAUGCUGGAUAAAUAGUUUACACAACAUCGACUAAUAAAAAUAAUGAGUUACUAUUAAACUGCACAGUUUUUUUACAUUCUUCGAAGGCCUGGCGUAGUAAGUACCUAACUCAGAGUAAUUCAGUCUAAUAUAGCCAUUGCCCAUCAGUCCAUGUUUUCCACGACGUGACCAAACAAUAAAAAAAAUCGUUAAUACGUAGGUAGGUAGUUUUUUUUACUUGCCAAUAGCUUUACCGAUAACUUUACUAUCUUCUUUUCAUUCAUGCUUGUCUGCACCCUUUUUCUGAUUUCAUACCGUUUGUUUUACGCAACUUCACAAUUAAGUUUUAUUCUUCAUUUUAUUCUCUUAUCUCUCCAUAUAUUCUUAUCUAUACUUUGGAUUAUU